AUGAGAGGCUGCUUCAUGGGCGAAGCUCGUGGCUUGGCCUGUUUCAGAAUUGAGACAAGAGUGCGAAUUUGUAACUUCUACACGAGGCAAGUUGUGGAAUUGCCCCGGGUAAGGAGAUUUGAAGCGAUAGGGAAAAUAGUUGAGAGGUACUAUUUUGGACACGAUCUAGUUCAUGAUGAAUACAAAGUGCUUAGCUUGAACAUAAAGUGUUGCUACUUGGAGUUGGAGCUUCAUGGAGAAAGAUUCAAUGGCACAUUCAUCACCGACCUUGCUCGCGAGGAAUGA